GGGUUUCAACCUGCAUCCUCUCACCCGUCUUCAAGAGAAGCCAUGGUACUGGGCUGCAUUGUAGCUGUGCUCAAUUUAUUGCCUCUCCUCCGUGCUAACCCCCUGCAUUGUGAUUUCCAAGUUCCACAAAUCCCAGACAACACUACAGGCUCCAAGCUGUUGGGGAAAUGGUUCUACGUGGCUGGGGCCUCCCAGUUCCCCCGUCACUGGCUGGAGAUGACACUGAUUGAUAAUGGUUACCUCCAGGUGGACCCAAAUGAGCAGGGGCAGGAGUUAUUCAUCAGCCAGCAUGUCUCAGCAAUGGAUGAAUGUCUCACAAGCAAUUCAACUUAUUUUGAAGUCACUGUUGAUCAUGUAACACUAAUCAAGAAUGUCCAGAACCGACAUACCGUGGGGAAGCUUAUGAACAGCAGUUCUGAAGACAUCUUACUAAUUCAAAUUGAAAUGCAAAAGGAGAAGAACUACACAGGAUUGUAUCUAUACGCCCGGAAGCAACCCCCAAGUAAAGUUCACUUGAAUGAACUCAGGAACCAUGCUGAAUGUCUGGGCCUCAGUGAAGACCAAAUAGUUUAUGCACCGUGGAAGAAGGUAAAGUUUUCUUUGGGGAUUCGUAAGAGUCACUGCCUUGUUUGCAGUGUCCUGAGACACCAGGACACCCUGCAGCUGGGAGAAAAUAAAAGGCUACAAAGCAUUUUACUUAAAAUGAGUCAAAUAGCUGUACAUCACCAAAGGGUAUAA